GCUUGCCAUUUUGACCGUGAUGAUGUAGCCCUGUGUCAUGUUGCUGAGUUCCUGAGAAAACAAUCACAGAAAGCCUGGGAGCAAGCAGAGAAGUUUUUAAAAUACCAGAACAAAAGGGGAGGUCGAGCGGUCCUACAGGACAUCAAGAAGCCAGAGCAAGAUGACUGGGGAAAUAGCUUGGAUGUCCUACAGAAAGCCCUACAACUGGAAAAGAAUGUGAACCAAUCCCUGUUGCAACUCCACAAACUGGCCAAGGAGAAAGAAGAUCCCCAUCUCUGUGCCUUCUUGGAGUCUGAAUACCUGGAGGAGCAAGUGAAGACCAUCAAGGGGCUGGGGGACCAUCUCACCAACCUGAAGCGCCUGGGGUUGCCCCAGAAUGGCAUAGGGGAAUACCUCUUCAACAAGCUCACUUUACAGGACAGCAGCUGA